GAGGAAACCGUUUUCCUGCUCAGACAUCAUAACGGUUUGAUUCCUCCAGCAGCUCCUCCUGAAUCCCGGUGGCCUCGUCUCGCUCCUCUUCCUCAAGAUGAACAGAAUUAUUCUCCAGCUUGUUGCUGUCGGAUUCUGCUUUGCAGUCGUUCAAGCGCUGCAGUGCUACGAAUGCAAAUUUGGCUUGGGGGACCUAUGCGCUACAUCUAAAGUCACUUGUAAAAGCGGAGAACAAUGCUUCAGUGGUGUUGGGGAAGCAGUCGGCUUUGUGAACAUCAAAAUGAAGGGCUGUCUAGCAUUGGACAAGUGCAACAAGACUGAGGACACGACCUUCCCCGGCUUCACCAACGCCACCGUCUACAAGAUGACAAGGACGUGCUGCCCCACCGACCUUGGCACCGCUGCGCCCGCGCUGCGGGGUUCUUGCGGCUGGAGCCUGACCUUCGCCACCAUCAAUGCUCUGUUUGUGGCCCAACAACCUGGUGUAACGGGAAAGGACUGA